AUGGUAGUUCCUGAGUUCCAUGAAGCACACAUCCUUAUCAUUGGUGCGGGGCCAGGCGGCCUUGUGCUCGCACAGUGUCUGAAACGGAUGGGAAUAUCCUUCGAGAUCUUCGAGCGCGAGGAUGGGCCCCGAAUGCAGGGAUGGGCCGUCGCUUUAAUUGAAUCUCUUGAAGACCUGAAAGAGAUGCUCCCAUCGGACAUUUACGCCAAUCUUCCUACUUGCAGUGUUAAUUACGGCUCAGGUCUUACGGAUAGACUAGCUCUGAUAGACGGUAUCACGGGCGAGACGGCCGGGGUUGUGGGUGAUGGGAAACCAUUUCUCCGUGCCGGCCGGCAGGGUCUUCGCGCAGUCCUGCGCGAGGGUCUAGACGUGCAAAUGGCUAAAGUUUUUACCCACUACGAAGUGAUUCCAGGCCAAGGGGUUAUUGCGCAUUUUGAAGACGGCACCACAGCGAAAGGAACGCUACUCGUUGGUGCUGACGGCUCGAGAAGCCACGUGCGCUCGCAGCUUCUUCAAAAUGAAAAUCCUUUAAUACAAAGUCAGUUUGUGAAUGUUGUCGGGGAGCUUGAUCUUAGCCCGGACGUGUACAAGCCCAUUGAAGAGUUGGGAUCGGCCGGAGUAUUGGUAUAUCGGCCGGGUCUUCGGUAUCUGAUCGGCCGUCUGGGUAUCGAUUCAGAACUCCAGAUAUCUAAAUACUACUGGGCGGCAUGUGCUGCAUCUGACACUCCGGUCAAGGACUCGGAAUGGGUCGCGAAUGCGCCCAAAGAGGAGCUCUACAAACGCGGCGUUGAGACCACCAAGGGGCUCCCAUCUUUUCUCACGGAUAUUGUUCGCGCAACCAGUGCAAACCAAAUGCUCCAACCGCCUCUCCGUUUUGUUGAGUUCCACUUCAACGGCGAUGAGAGCCUGCCCCUAGCUGAUCAUGUCACGGUAUUAGGCGAUGCAGCGCACACCAUGGUUCCUUUCUUCCUCGCUGGAGCGAACUCGGCAGUUAAAGAUGCCUGCGAUCUGGCCAAGGCAUUGCAGAAAUUUCCCGGCCGUGCUGGCCUGCGAAGGGCGCAAGAGACUUAUGAGAGCAUCAUGGUGAAACGGAGCAAAGAGAUGGUGCUAAAGAGUCGGGCGCAGGGUGAGUUGGACAAUUUGAACCAGGUUUUGGAGAGGGUUAAGUAG